CAUAACUUUCCCACAAUGUCUCGCUUGUUGGCAGUGACAAUUGCUUUAAUGCUUACACUUUUCUAUCACGAGACAGUUGGUGUAAGCUUGUCUAUUGACAGCUUUGAGCAAACGCUCGGGCAGGAUAUCAUGGAGAUGGACCUGCGGGUGAGAAAGUUCAACCGUACGUCUACCGUCAUCAACGGUACAAUUCAUCUGCGCCAGGAAGCCACUAACGCCUUGCAGUUCAAUCUAGACAUUUUCUACAGCCGGCUCGGUAAUCAGCAGUUCAACCAUAUGCCGCUAAAGCUGCCAACAGCGGGCGCUUGCGAUUUUGUGGACAACUUGAAGCGAAACUAUCCGGAGCAUAUACGAAACGUGUUCAAUUUGCCAGAGAUAGGCGAGUGUCCUAUCUCACCGCGAGACGUGUACAUAUUGGAUGCCGAAUUUCCUAACGAAGCGAUACCGCCAGCGAUCGCAAAGGAAGGCUUGUGGAAGGCAGUAAUGCGCUGCUUCGUCAAAGGGAAGGAGAGGGUCACGUAUGCUAUCACGUUGAAAGGAAGCUAGAGCUGAUCAAAAUGUAACAAUAUUUUAUGAGUUACCAAGUAGGAUUUGAACUAAAAGAAGAGGAUAGCACUAGACAAUGUUUAUGGAAAGAUUUUUUGUUUAAUAUUAUAGAUGUGUGGCUUUUGA